AUGAAUGAUUUUAGUGGAUAUUUUAUUGGAAUCGCUUAUGGUUUACCUAUACCAGGAUAUGCUACUGCAACGAAUUAUAUCCGUCAAUCAAUUGAUUUGGAUCCAACCAAUCAACAAUAUAUUCGUAUCUCAUAUGUCAACUUGAACCAACAAAUUUUUACUAUUCAAUUAUGGUUUCUUAUACGAUCUUCUGCAAGUUUAGUUGAUUUUGGUAUAUUUAGUCAAUGUGGUUCAGAUUUAAUUUGUUUGUCCAUAAGUAUACAUAAUUUUCGUGUAACAUUAUCGUUCGAUUCGUUACGAAGUAAUGUAAGUACAUUGCUUGGUGGAUCAAUACUUUCAAGAAGUUACUGGUAUCAUUUAACUAUUGUUUAUAAUGCUGUACUUCGUCAACAAUUGAUUUAUAUUAAUGGAAAAAUUGAUGCUAUUGCGAAUGAUGUCACGCCAUAUCAAGGAACAUCGUUUGGUGCUACUACCUAUAUUGGAUUGAGCUCUUCAAUCAAUUAUCCAUUAUCAUAUUCUCAUGGAUUUAUUGAUCAUUUUACAAUAUCAGCUGGUGUUGCUCGAACUGCAUGUCAAAUCUACAAUGAUGCUACACUUAUUACAUAUUAUCCGUUUGAUACAACAGAUGCAUUACUUGAUCGUAGUGUUAAUUUGAUCCACGGUAUUGCAUUUGAUUUAACGACAGUUUCAUCAGGUCGACUUCAACAAGCGAUCUCUUUUAAAAUCAAUACAAGUUAUUUUCAAGCACAAUGUUUCCCAACAAUAUGUCCUAGUAGUGUACCUGUAUCUGUUUCUCCCUGA